AUGGAUCCCGAUCGAGCUGUAGCUGAUGACAUUGAAAGUAUAGCGCCUGCUCCUGUUCAAGGGGAAGUACCAAUUGAUUCCCGGCCUACCUCGAGUAGCCAAAAGGGGGAGGCAAAGCAAGCCUUUUACCAAAUGAUGAAUGAUUGGUUUACGCAAUAUAUCCGAACCAAUUCGGCUGUGCAACAACCUCCAUCUCAGAAUAAUUCGUCCCCGAUACCAGUGAUACCUCUGAUAGUUGAUCCGAUGAGGUUAAGUAGACCUCCUGUUGAUAAAAUUAGAAAAUACGGGGCUGAAGAGUUCAGGGCUACAGUUAAUGAUGAUGCUGAGAGGGCUGAAUUUUGGCUUUAUAACACUAUCCGUGUAUUUGAAGGACUGACAUGUACACCCGAAGAAUGUUUGAAAUAUGUUAUAUCCUUGUUACGUGACUCUGCUUAUCAUUGGUGGAAUACUCUAGUGUCUGGUCGUAUGACUGUUACUGAAUAUGAGCGGGAAUUUGUGCGACUUAGCAUAUAUGCCCGAGAGUGUGUGUCGACUGAAGCUGUUAUGUGUAAGAGAUUUGAAGACGGGCUGAAUGAAGACAUUAAAUUGUUAGUUGGUAUACUUGAGAUAAAAGAGUUUGUGGUACUUGUUGAACGAGCUUGCAAAGCCGAAGAACUCGGGAAAGAGAAGAGGAAGGCUGACUUUGAAGCUAGAGAUUCUCGUAAAAGAACAUUCAAUAAACCAUUUCAGUCGACUUCAAAGAAACUUAGAGAAGAUCACAGUCGAUCUAAAGCUACUCUAGGGUUUUCUAGACGGGAUCCAGAUCGACCUCUUCUGAGUUCACGAGCUACUUCAGGUGCUAGUGUUGGUAAUGUUCAACAAAAUAUAUCAGAGUGCAAGCAUUGUGGUAAAUGGUAUCCUAGAGAUUGCAGAUUGCAUGAUCGGUCUUGUUUUAAGUGUGGAUCAAAGGAUCAUUUUAUUCGAGAGUGA